ACUCAAAGAAGUGCACCAAAACGCAGAGCGAAACAGAACCAUAGAAGAGAAAGAGAAAUGGCGGACGCCGUGCAAUCUUGGAGCAUCGACACCAUCCUGAAGAAACGUUUGCCUUACAAUGGCUCCGUGGACGACGAUGAUCGGAACUGGGACGAUAAGAAUGAUUGGGUUUCAACCACUCCGGCGAAGAAAUGGCCGUCAGAUCCCGCCGAAUCCCUAUCAAGUGCUCGUCACGAAUUUGGCGAGCACGGCGGCGUCAACAUGUCGAUCGAAGCCUCCGCGACCUUCACGGUCAUGGAGCCCGACACGAUGAGGAAAAUGUUCGCCGGCGAGCUCGGCCCCGAUCGCGAUUUCUACAUCUAUAGCCGACACUUUAACCCUACCGUUCUCAACCUUAGCCGUCAGAUGGCCGCCCUUGAAGGCACGGAAGCCGCCUACUGUACGGCCUCCGGUAUGUCGGCCAUCUCGACCGUGCUGCUCCAGCUAUGCCCUAGCGGAUCUCACAUCGUGGCUUCCCGAUGCCUUUACGGCGGAACUCACGCGCUUCUCUCACGAUUUCUUCCCCGAUCCGCCGGGAUUCGGACGACAUUUGUGGAUGUUAAUGAUAUGGAAGCGGUUAGGGCUGCGGUGAGGGUGGGGGAGACGAGGGUGAUUUAUGCGGAGACGAUGUCGAAUCCGACUCUAACGGUGGCGGAUAUACCGGGUUUGAGCGCGGUGGCGAGGGAGAAGGGGCUGAUGCUGGUGGUGGAUAAUACGUUUACGCCGAUGGUGGUGUCGCCGGCUAGAUUGGGCGCGGAUGUGGUAAUCCACAGUGUUUCCAAGUUUAUAAGCGGCGGCGCCGAUAUCAUUGCAGGAGCCAUCUGUGGGCCGGCGAGCCUAGUAAACUCCAUGAUGGACCCCCAAAACGGAGCCCUGAUGCUUCUAGGCCCAACCAUGAACGCCAAGGUGGCCUUCGAACUCGCGGAGCGGCUUCCCCACCUCUCCCUGCGCAUGAAGGAGCACUGCACGCGCGCCAUGACCUACGCCACCCGCAUGAAAAAGCACGGCGUGAAAGUCAUCUACCCCGGCCUGGAAGACCACUCCCACCACUCCCUCCUCCGCUCCAUCGCCAACCCUGGCUACGGCUUCGGCGGCAUGCUCUGCGUCGACAUGGGCACAGAGGAGCGCGCCAACCGCUUCCUCCACCACCUACAAAACACCGCCCAGUUUGGCCUCAUCGCCGUCUCCCUUGGAUACUACGAGACGCUCAUGUCUUGCUCGGGAAGCAGCACGAGCAGCGAGCUAUCCGAGCAUGACAAGGCGCUCGCCGGUAUUUCGCCGGGGCUCAUUCGUAUGUCGGUUGGUUAUAGUGGCUCAGUUGAGCAGAGGUGGGCUCAGUUCGAACGAGCGCUGGCUGCCUGUGCCAAGGAUAAUGCGGCCGCGACGGCGAUAUCAUCGUUUUCAUAUGGUGUUAAUAACUGAUGAUGAGAGUUUGGAUUUUGGGAGGGGAAUAAAAGAGGCUGAUGGAUGUUUGUAGAUUUCUUUUUGUUUUUGUUUGUUUGAAUCUGUUACAUGUGUGCUAGUGGUUGUUGUUGAUCAUGUUAUUAUGAUGAAUCUUUAUGGAAAUUUCUACAUGGGAACUUGCAUGGUUGGGCCAUA